AUGAUCACCGGGGGCCGCCCUGCAGCGCAUGCAACUGCGCGCGCGCAUGGGUUUGUUCCACUGCCGGUGCCAGAGUUUAGCCCCUUGCGGCUCAUCGGGCAUUACGUCCACCUACGGAUUCGCGCGGCCUGGCCGCUGCUCGCGUACGACAACAGCACGCGGCAGCCGGCCGGAGAGCCCCGUUUCACGCUGACCAAGUCAUGGAAUUGCGGACCACAGCAGUCCAAUUACAAGGGGACAGGCUUCCAGAUCGAGUUGUUUGAAGAGGCAGUCGCGGUUUGGGAUGCGACCUUAGAAGAUGAGCCGUGGCUUGGCUGCAAAAGAGUGGGCACGGGGGGAGGAUCGCGAGCGGAGUAA